AUGGUCAACCACGGCCCCUCAAAGGGCUGCUCGACAUGUCGCAAACGACGUGUCAAAUGCGACGGGGACAGGCCAAGCUGUCGUGAAUGCCUCCGGCUGCGACGGGUGUGUGGAGGUUACGAAUCAAAGAAAAAUACAGGCGGGAUUCGGUUCAAGGAUCAGAGCACUGGGUUCAGAAACCUUCGCAUGUCGAUAACGCCAGAAUGGACAAUGCAGGCUGCCAUACCAGCAACCAUUUCCCCCAGCGACGAGUCAUUCGCUGUCUCCUUCUUCCUCACCUCAAUCGCGGGCUUAGGACGCAGCUUUCGCUCGACCCAGGGUUUCCUGGAGCCUCUUUUCCCCGCCGUAGCCAAGGAGCAUCCGGAUUCUGUCCUCUCGACCGUCCUGACCGCCGUGUCAACCAAGCUCUGGAGCUUAUGGAAAUCCCCAACAAACGCCUAUCGAACGCCUCAUCCUCCAUUUACCAGGGCAUUGAGCCGCCUGCAAGCAGCUCUCAAUGAUCCCACCGAACGGUUAAAGGACAGUACCGUACUCAGCGCUAUCUUGAUGCAUUUCUACGAGAGCCUCGCUGCUCGAUCGACGCAUCAGCACACCAUGCGCGUCCACCAGGACGGGGCUCGUGCAUUGCUCGAACAUGGAGCCGGGAGCGUCCCGGACUCGGAUUGCCGCGCAUACUUGAGGGGCUACCUGCGGCACUGUGAUGUGUCGACAUAUAUGGAAGUGCAACCAGACGACACCUCGGACCUGGAUGUUUGGUUCAAUGCAGGGUUGGACUAUUCUAUGCCAGCUAGCCCGAAUGCAGUCUUGGACCUGAUCGGGCUCUCGAUUGCCGAUUUACAAAAGAGACUAUCUACCUUUAUGUGCGGGCUGGCCAAGAAUAACCUAGAUGGUCUGACCUUCGCGACUUGGUGGCAGGACGCUUCCUCCGUUAACACACAACUAUUGGAUUGGGUUCACUUGGUGCCGGCCUCAUGGCAGCCUUAUAAAAGACCCCUAGAAGACACCUUUGCUUACUUCGGUUUCUGCGAUAUAUACCCGACCGUCCAGAUUGCCACCAUCUGGAAUGUAUGGCGCGUUUGCCGGCUCAUGCUCCUGCGGAUAAAGUUUUAUCUACUUACCAAGGCGCCCUCCGAGGCGCUGCGGCAAACCAUCUCGAUUGCUACUAAGGAUGACAGUUUCCCAGAUCCCAAUCACGGCAGGGAGUUGGUGGACUCCAUCUGCCGGUCCAUACCGUUUUACCUGGGGAACCGCCAGAAUCAUGGAGGGCUGCACGACUUAACGGACCCAGCGAUCAGAAUCCCCAACUACCACGACGAAGACUUGGAUGAAGCCAUACGUACCCAGUAUCUCCAAGGGGAUCAGGCAAUGAGUCUCUCUGAUUACAAGCGACAUAUACUGAUUCAAGGCCCUUCGCAUGCACUGCUUCACUUGAAUAGUCUGAUCAAAGUGCUAUCAAAGGAGGGUGGAGAGCUUAUCUGUCGUGGGUUGCAUAGGGACAAAGUCGUCUGGAUACAGAAACAAUUCCUCCGGGUAUGUAAACUUAAUGACCCAGUUAGUCAGUUUAAAUAG